CAGCGUUCUCUUGGCAACGCCAAGCAAGCAAGCGCUGUGGACUGUCGCUCGUUCACUUCGCUUUCAUGCACGACAAAUCUGCGCAAAACCACUCUUGCCUUCUCCCUUGUAGCAUUUAUUAGUUUUGACCCCCUGGUUAAACUGCUUGAGCGCGCGCGCGCACACACAAAGAUUGAUGUUCGUUUGGGUCUCAUAAGAGCACGCGCGAGAGUGAAUAUGAGAGGGGCUCGCCGCAAACUGUCAUGAGGUUGACAGAGAUGGGCUGCUGAUUUGGGAAUCCCGGAGCGCAGGAAGCACCCAGCAGCACCAUGACUGUUUUCAACCAGGAGAAUGUGGAGGAUUAUUAUGAGAUUGGAGACGAGCUCGGGAGUGGCCAGUUUGCUGUUGUUAAGAAGUGCCGUCAUAAGAGCACCGGUGUGGAAUACGCAGCCAAAUUUAUCAAGAAGAGACGCAGCAAAUCCAGUCGGCGAGGAGUAUCAAAAGAGGACAUUGAGAGGGAGGUCAGCAUCUUGAAGGAAAUUCAGCACCCCAAUGUCAUCACUCUUCACGAUGUAUUUGAAAACAAGAACGAGGUCAUCCUCAUCCUGGAGCUAGUGGCAGGUGGGGAACUCUUUGACUUCCUGGCUGAAAAAGAGUCACUGAGUGAAGAGGAAGCCACCGAGUUUCUCAAGCAGAUCUUGGAUGGAGUCAGUUACCUGCACUCCAAACAGAUCGCCCAUUUUGACCUUAAGCCGGAGAACAUCAUGCUGUUGAACCGGAGCGUGCCUCAUCCACGCAUUAAGAUCAUUGACUUUGGCCUGGCCCACAAAAUCGAUUUUGGCAACGAUUUCAAGAACAUCUUUGGUACUCCGGAGUUUGUAGCCCCAGAAGUGGUAAACUAUGAACCUCUUGGGUUGGAGGCAGACAUGUGGAGUAUAGGAGUGAUCACUUACAUUCUGCUUAGUGGAGCAUCACCUUUCCUGGGUGAGAAUAAGCAGGAGACACUUGCCAAUGUGUCAGCUGUGGACUAUGAGUUUGAUGAGGAGUACUUCAGCAGUACCAGUGCUCUGGCCAGAGACUUUAUUGCACGACUACUGAUCAAAGACCCAAAAAAAAGAAUGACAAUCUUGGACAGUCUUCAGCAUCCCUGGAUCAAGCCAAAGGACACGCAGCAGGCACUGAGCCGUAAAGAGUCAGCUGUGAACAUGGAAAAAUUCAAGAAAUUUGCUGCACGAAGAAAGUGGAAGCAAUCGGUUCGCCUCAUCUCGCUGUGUAACCGGCUCUCCCGCUCCUUUCUGUCCAGAAGCAACAUGAGUGUAGCACGCAGUGAUGACACACUGGAUGAGGAAGACUCGUUUGUGAUGAAGGCUAUCAUCCACGCAAUCAACGACGACAAUGUUCCAGGCCUAAAACACCUACUUGACUCACUGACCAGCUAUGAUAUCAACCAACCCAACAAGCAUGGAACACCCCCACUCCUGACUGCUGCCGGCGGUGGAAACGUCCAGAUCAUUGACGUGUUAAUGAAAAAAGGGGCAGAGAUUCAAGCCCUUGAUAAGACUGGAGCCAAUGCUAUCUACUACGCCUCCCGACAUGGCCAUGUGGGGACCUUGAGAUUCCUGCAUGAAAAGAAGUGCCCUCUGGACAUCCAAGAUAAGUCUGGAGAAACAGCUCUGCACGUAGCAGCUCGCUAUGGUAACGUGGAUGUAGUCCAAUACCUGUGCAGUAUCCAUGCUAACCCUGACCUACCAGACCGGGAGCAAGAGACCCCUCUGCAUUGCGCAGCGUGGCACGGAUACUCAGCGGUGGCCAGAGUUUUGUGUGAAGCUGGCUGUGAUGUGAAUGCCCGAAACCGUGAGGGCGAAAGCCCGUUGCUCACUGCUUCCGCCCGGGGUUUCAAGGACAUUGUGGAGUGUCUGCUGGAGCACGGGGCGAACAUGGAUUCUGUUGAUAAGGAUGGUCACAUUGCUCUCCAUCUGGCAGUGAGGAGAUGUCAGACUGAAGUGGUCAAGUGCUUGCUAAGCCAUCACUGUUAUGUGGACCACCAGGAUCGCCACGGCAACGCACCCCUGCACAUUGCCUGCAAGGACGGCAACCUGCCAGUGGUCAUACAACUCUGUGCUGCUAAAGCCAAUCUGGAUAUUCCUAACAAAUUUGGAAGAACACCGCUCCACCUGGCAGCUAGUAACGGGGGUCUGGAGGUGGUGCGUCAUCUUUGUGUUGCGGGAGCCAACACUGAAGCCAUCACUAAUGAUGGAAAGACAGCAGAAGAUCUUGCGAAUGCUGAGCAGCAGGAGUAUGUCGCAAUGCUGCUGGCCAAGCUGAGGAAGGACAACCACAAGGCCAUUUACAUCCAGCAGCUGCGGCCUACACAGACCCUCCAACCCCGUAUCAAACUCAAGCUGUUCGGCCACUCGGGAGCAGGGAAGAGCACUUUGGUGGAGUCCUUAAAGUGCGGAAUCUUGCGGAGUUUCUUCCGGAGAAGGAGGACCAGGCUGACCAACCCGGUCCGACAUCCGGCCUCACCUGCCACUUCCAAACCUUCAGUGUCUGUCAGUAUCUCUAACUUGUAUCCAGGCUGUGAGAAUGUAAGCGUGCGUAGUCGCAGUAUGAUGUUUGAGCCCAGUUUGACCAAAGGCGUGCUGGAGGUCUUCAGUCCCGUACACAAUGCUCUCUCCACGGCUGAUGACACCGCCACCAAAGCCAUCGACAUCCAGAAUGCCAACGUCAAUGGUGUUGGAGACUUUAGUAUAUGGGAGUUCUCUGGUAAUCCUGUCUACUACUGUACAUAUGAUUACUUUGCUGCGAAUGACACGGCAGCGAUUCACUUGGUUUUAUUCAGCCUGGAGGAUCCGUAUGAGACUCAGCUCAACCAGGUCGCAUUCUGGCUUAACUGCCUCAAGGCUCUCACACUGCCGGAGGACAAUAUCGCCUUUGGAGGGAAGAUCAGGAAUCCCCUGCGUGUGGUGCUGGUGGCCACACAUGCUGACAUCGUGAAUAUCCCCCGAUCAUUCGGGGGAGAGUUCAGCUAUGACAAGGAGAGAUCUCUGCUUAGAGAAGUCAAAAACAGGUUUGGUAAUGACCUGCUCAUCGCCGAAAAGCUCUUUGUCAUGGAUGCAGGAGCGUCCAACUCCAAAGAUAUGAAGCUGCUGAGAAACCAUCUCUUAGAGCUCCGAAACAGCAUCAUCUCAACCUGCAGGCCUAUGACUCAGUUGGCAGAGAAGCUGUUGUCCACGCUGCCUUCCUGGAGGAAAUUGAAUGGUCCAAACCAGCUGAUGUCAUGGCAACAGUUUGUUGUGGAUGUACAAGAACAAGUCAACCCUCUGGCCAGUGAAGAGGAUCUGCGGGAACUGACUUUACAACUUCACAGCAUGGGAGAGAUUAACAUCAUGCAGAGUGAAACUGUCCAAGACGUUGUCCUUCUAGAUCCCCGCUGGCUUUGUAGUAAUGUCCUCGGCAAGCUUCUCUCCAUUGAAACCCCCAAAGCGAUCCACCAUUAUCGUGGUCGCUAUCGUGUAGAGGAACUCCAAAAUCUCGUCUCUGAAGGCGAUAUUGACGAACUGCUCCAGGUGCUGGAUGCCAUGGACGUUUGUGCCCGUGACACAGCCAAUCCAGGCAUGGUAGACAUUCCCGCCCUCAUACGCACAGGUGGGCUGCAGCACACCUGGACGGACGAAGAUGACAUAGAAGGAGAGGACACUUUGCUUUACGGUGGGGCACGCGUGGUCCCUGCAGAGCACUUAGCACCGUUCCCCUGCGGACUCUUUCAUAAACUUCAAGUAAACCUGUGUCGCUGGAGCCGGCAACAGAAACCUGAGGUCGAGCCUGAGGAUGUGCGGUUAUGGAGCGGCGGAGCUCGCGUUGGGCUAGGUGGUGCUGAGGCUCUAGUUCUGCUUGUUAAUCAUGGACAGGGCUUGGAGGUGCAGUUACGAGGCCCAGAAGCAGAUCCAGGACGUUGUUAUGCUCUGUUGGACACUCUAUGUGGCAUGACAGAGGGACUUGUGGCCGCUACGUUACCUGGUUUGUUAACUUCUCGACAUUAUCUAAGCCCCCAGCAGUUGCGGGAGCACCACGGACCUGUCAUGCUCUACCAGCCUAGGGAUUUUUUCCGAGCUCAGGCGCGUGGCGAGAACGCGCUAUCUAAUACCAUGGGAGGCUAUCGCGAGAGCUUCGUUAGUAUCGUAGCUUUAGGCUGCACCCAGGUCUACAAGCAGGGCAGUCUCGGCAGGGAUGUUCCCGUGGUGGAGCUCAGUCACCUGACUCGACGCAAACUCUGCCGCCUACUGGACCCGCCCGAUGCCCUCGGAAAGGACUGGUGUUUGCUCGCCAUGAAUUUGGGUCUGAGCGAGCUAGCUGCUAAAUACAGCGGUGGCACCAAUGGGACUCCACCCGCAGACCCCUUUUCUCUUCCCAGCCCAACGGCCACACUUCUCCAAGACUGGAGCCAGCGAUCAGAUUCAACCAUAGGCAUUUUGGUGGAUAAACUGAGAGAACUUGGCCGUCGAGACGCGGCAGAUUUUCUCCUCAGAGCCGCGCCAGUGUUCCGGGUCAACAUGGAGAUCCUGGGAACUCCGCCAGAGCCGCACAGCCCAGUGUGCAAUGGAGGCGGCACAUCUUACAAUUCCAUCAGCUCUGUUAUCUCACGUUAGGGCUCAGCUUGUGUUGUCUGUAGAGAAACGUGCAAUUAUUCAGCGGCGUGCUGUUAGAUCUCAGCUCCCUGGACUUCUAGAACUAAAGUAUUUGAAUUAGAUACUUUGUGUAUGCCCUUUGCGAUUUUUGAAUGUUCAUCCUUGGUAUCUUUGAAAUGGUGCCUAUGUAAAUUUGUCUUUCUGCAAAUCUUUUAUCAAUUUCCCAAGGUAAAGCUGCAGAAGGCUGCCUUUCUUAUUGAAUGUCCUUAAUAUGUCCUAUUAAAAAAAAUUAAACCACAUUUGAUGACCGAAUGAUGGAUCAACAAGUGCUUGGCAGCAGUACUUGAUAAAAAGAGAUAAUGACGCAAGCAAUUGAGUGCCUUGGAGAUGGUAAACUGUUGUCAUCUUUCUAGAUGAUUUCAAAGUUGGAUGUGCCAUAUGUCACCAUCUAAUAACAAGUUUAGUUUAAACACCCCUGCAAGUGUUUCAGUGUUUACCUUUACUAUUACCUUUUAAUGAACAAAUAUAUUGGAUAACUAUUCUCAAACAUUCGGAGUGUGGGUAAUAUAACUUUACUACCUAAACAUUUCCUACUGCAGCAAAAGCAUAUUUUUUCAGACAGGAUUUUAUUCAAAAGAUACACACAAAAAAAUGAUGCAGAAUAAAUACCAAAACAUUUUAAAGUCUGCUUCCUAAAAUCAUGUGAGUCUCAAUGUAUUUACUGACUUACACGCUCGAGUAUAUUUGUGUCAUUUUUUUGUGAAAUAUUGCAGUUCUAACUGCUUGUCAUAUGUAAAUACUGCAGGCAUUUACAUGGCAAAAAAUGUCUCUCCGUAAAAUAUAAAAUGUCUCUCCGCAAGCAUGAUCCGAGUAUUGUUACAGUUGUUCGACUGUUGUAUCAAAAGUUUCUGUUUCACACAUUGGGCAAGUUUAUUUUGGACCGUUUAUGUACUGAAAUGAUAAAAAUAUAUAUUUUUGGGACCGCAUUUGGACAAAAGCUUAAUUAAAUGUGUCAAUAUUUGCAUUGAAAAUUGGGACAGUGAUAUAGAGCUGUUAAGAUUAUUCAGUGGUUUAUUAGAAUUAUCUCAUUUAAAGGGAUAGUUCACCCAAAAAUUACUCAUCCUCAUGUUGUUCUAAACCUGUAUGAAUUAUUUUUUUCUUAUGAACACAAAAAAGAUAUUUUGAAAAUAAAUCAUAGUAGACACACAGCAUAUAGUGUCCAUUGACUUCUAUAGUAGGAAACAAAUAUUUUGGAAGUAUUGUGAUAAAUGAUGAAGAAAAUAUUUUGAUAAAUGAUGGAAAGCACACAGUUGACGGUAGCCAUUAAAUUCCAUCAUAUUUUUUAUUCCUAUACUAUGGAAGUCAAUGGACACUAUAUGCUGUGUGUUUACCAUCAUUUCUCUUCUUCUUUUGUGUUCAUCAGAAAAAAGAAACUCGUACAGGUUUAAAACAACAUGAGGAUGAGAAAAUGAUGAAUUUUCAUCUUUGGGUGAACUAUCCCUUUUAAUAAGAGCCAUCUGAUUGGAUUGUACUGAAUGUGAUGGGCACUUAAAAGCUGUAGAUGGCAGCAAAGACUUCCUCUUACAGUACUUCAUGAUAGGCUAUGACUCUUGUUUUCUUUCAGAGAAGACAGCUGGAAUUUAAUUUUUAAUGUGUACAUUUACUUCAACUGUCCCAUGUGAUAUUUGGGGCAGCUUUGUCUUCUAACCCCUCACCGUUUGUUUUGCAGGCAGUCUUAACAUCAUAAGCUUUUAUAAAAAGGGAACUGGGCAUAUUGUGUUCUCCCAUUCCAAAAGGCACAUUUUUAUAUUGUGAUUGUCUAUGUAUUAUAAAUAUCUUUCUCUGUUUAGCUGUGGUCAAGGUUAAUGAUUUCCCCUAUUAAGACUUUAACAGGGUAAAUCGGAGGGGAAUUUAUCUUGUUGUAUUUAAGACUUGUACAGUCAUUUCUUUGCACAAACCUUCACAUCUAUUUAUAUUAUGUUCUGAAUGCAUGUCUCUGAAUGCCAUGUCCUUAAUAAUUCCUUAUAACUUUACAGUGUACUACAUUUUUUUAUAAUAAAUUGUUUACUCGAUGA